GCGCUGCCACACCUCCCCGCGCCCUGCAAGGGUUAAGGCGGCGGAGGCGAGAGGUUUGGGCGUCUGACGUCGUUCUGGCUGAAGGUGGUUCCCCUCGGAUGAGGAUGCGAGAGAGCGGCGAGCUGAAACCCGAGCUCCCGCUCAGCUGGGGCUUGGGGAGGUCCCUGUAAGGGCCGCCUGCCCCUUCCUCCCCGUCCCUCCUCUGCCUCGCCUGCAGUCACAGCCGCGGGGAAGAUGGAGCUGGGCUGGUGGGCGCAGCUGGGACUCACUUUCCUGCAGCUCCUCCUCAUCUCGUCCUUGCCGAGAGAGUACACAGUCAUUAAUGAAGCCUGCCCCGGAGCUGAAUGGAACAUCAUGUGCCGAGAAUGUUGUGAAUAUGAUCAGAUUGAGUGCGUCUGCCCUGGGAAGAAGGAGGUGGUGGGCUAUACCAUCCCCUGCUGCCGGAAUGAAGAGAAUGAGUGUGACUCCUGCCUGAUCCACCCUGGUUGUACCAUCUUUGAAAACUGCAAGACCUGCCGGAAUGGCUCGUGGGGAGGCACACUGGAUGACUUCUACGUGAAGGGGAUUUACUGUGCAGAGUGCCGGGCUGGUUGGUACGGAGGAGACUGUAUGCGAUGUGGCCAGGUUCUGCAAGCCCCAAGGGGUCAGAUUUUGUUGGAGAGCUACCCCCUCAAUGCUCACUGCGAAUGGACCAUUCAUGCCAAGCCUGGGUUUAACAUCCAACUAAGGUUUGUCAUGCUGAGCCUGGAGUUUGAUUACAUGUGCCAGUAUGACUAUGUUGAGGUUCGUGACAGGGACAACAGUGAUGGGCAGAUCAUCAAACGUUUCUGUGGCAACGAGCGGCCGGCUCCCAUCCAGAGCACAGGUUCCUCACUCCACAUCCUCUUCCAUUCUGAUGGCUCCAAGAACUUUGAUGGCUUCCAUGCCAUUUUUGAAGAGAUUACAGCAUGUUCCUCCUCUCCUUGCUUCCAUGAUGGCACGUGCCUCCUUGACAAAGCUGGCUCUUACAAGUGUGCCUGCCUGGCAGGCUACACCGGGCAGCACUGUGAAAAUCUCCUGGAAGAAAGAAACUGCUCGGACCUUGGGGGCCCAGUCAAUGGUUACAAGAAAAUAACAGGAGGUCCCGGGCUUAUCAACGGACGAGAUGCAAAAAUUGGCACUGUUGUGUCCUUCUUCUGUAACAGCUCAUACGUUCUUAGUGGCAAUGAGAAGAGAACUUGCCAGCAGAAUGGAGUGUGGUCAGGCAAACAGCCCAUCUGCAUAAAAGCCUGCCGAGAACCAAAAAUCUCAGACCUGGUGAGACGGAGAGUUCUUCCCAUGCAGGUUCAAUCAAGGGAGACGCCGUUACACCAGCUAUACUCAGCAGCACUCAGUAAGCAGAAACUGCAGGGCGCCCCUACCAAGAAGCCAGUUCUUCCCUUUGGAGACCUGCCUGCCGGCUACCAGCACCUGCACACCCAGCUCCAGUACGAGUGCAUCUCACCCUUCUACCGCCGCCUGGGCAGCAGCCGGAGGACUUGUCUGAAGACCGGGAAGUGGAGUGGGAGGGCCCCGUCUUGCAUCCCUAUUUGUGGGAAAAUCGAGAAUAACACUACUCCGAAGGCUCAGGGCACACGCUGGCCAUGGCAGGCAGCCAUCUACAGGAGGACCAGUGGGGGUCAUGGGGACAGCCUGCACAAGGGCGCGUGGUUCCUGGUAUGCAGCGGCGCCCUGGUGAAUGAGCGCACUGUAGUGGUUGCAGCCCACUGUGUCAGUGACCUGGGCAAGGUCACCGUGAUCAAGACAGCAGACCUCAAAGUCGUCUUGGGGAAAUUCUACAGGGAUGAUGACCGGGAUGAGAAAACCAUCCAGAACUUGCGGAUAGCUGCUGUCAUUUUGCAUCCCAACUAUGAUCCCAUCCUGCUUGACUCUGACAUGGCCAUUUUGAAACUCCUAGACAAGGCUCGUAUCAGCACCAGAGUGCAACCCAUCUGCCUAGCAUCUGCACGUGACCUCAGCACUGCCUUCCAAGAGUCCCACAUCACUGUGGCUGGCUGGAAUGUCCUGGCUGAUGUGAACACCCCGGGAUUCAAGAAUGAUACCCUGCGCUCGGGGGUGGUCAGGGUCGUGGACUCGUUGCUGUGUGAGGAACAGCAUGAAGACCAUGGCAUCCCAGUGAGCGUCACGGAUAACAUGUUCUGUGCCAGUCAGUACUCCAGUGCCCCCUCUAAUAUCUGCCUGGCAGAGACAGGGGGCAUUGCAGCUGUGUCCUUCCCAGGACGGGCAUCACCUGAGCCACGCUGGCACCUGGUGGGGCUGGUCAGUUGGAGCUACGAUAAAACAUGCAGCCACAGCCUCUCCACUGCUUUCACCAAGGUGCUACCUUUUAAAGACUGGAUUGAGAGAAACAUGAAGUGA